GGUGCCUAGGAUAAUUUUGGUUAAUAUCUUAAGUACGCUACGCCCAACUUAUGCGAAAAUAUUUAUUUUCGAUCGCGCAUUAUUUAAAAAUCUAUUUAUAAGAAUUAAGGUUUAAAAAGUUAAACUUUGUUAUUAGAUCACAAGAUAAAAACGAAGAAAAGGUUGAAUAUCGACGUAAUAGCUUUGAAAACUUUUUCAAAUCCAAUUCGAAAUUUAGACGAAAAAAAAAUUUUACAAUUCAGAUCAGAUCAGAUCAGUCAAAGCAGCCGUCAAUAAGUCACCACAAUUAUGUUGAAUUUUUGAAACCUACAAAAGUAAUUAUUAAAACAAUCCACAACAAUGGCCAACUGGAAAUGUAAAUGAUACAAGAUUCAGAAACCUGAGAACAAUUCGGACAGAGUCUGUACAAUUAUGUCAACAGUGCUGAAUUUCUUGAGGCAGUUUUCGGCGAGGGGUGUGUUUUGGAUGAGUGGAACGCCACGAUGUCUCACAAGGCCUGUCAGAAGACAAUAUGCAGACACACCAAAGCCCGAUUCCAGCACUAAACAAGUUGUGGCUCAGGGCACCGAAAAUGAGCAGCUGGUGCGCGUGCGCAGGGCGCGUGCUAGUGACGUGCCUCGCGUGCUCCGCUUCGUGCGAGAGAACGUGCGAGUCGCGUUCCCCGCGCUCGGCGCCCCGUUUCCUAACCACAUCAUCAUGCUUAACGACUAUGUAGCCAGAGCUCUGUCUCAAGGUCACUCGAUGCUUGCCGAGCAACAGGAGACUCGUCGCGGCUGGCCCCAAAUCCUGGGUCUCGCACUUAGCACCUCCAUAUGCCCGUGGGACGCCGCCCUGCUAGAGCGCUGGGCCCGUUGCGUCCGCUGCCCACGCUCUCGACACCUUAUGAACUUCACCGCCCACUGCAUCCGUGCACCCGCGCUCCACGACAAGUACAGGGUUCAUAACAUCCUUCAGGUGUUACUAAUUGUGCCUCAAGAUAAACCAAAAAGAUCGGAAAUAAUUCAAGCCCUCGCAAAAAAUUCAAUACAAAGGGGGAAGGAUGUCGGAAUCCCACUUAUUCGGUUCGAUGUCACUAACGAAUUUACUUCAAAAUCUUUAGAAGGACUGAAUUUGAAGAAAGAAUGGCACCUCUCUUACGAAAUCUUGCCGAAUGCGAUGAAAGACAAAGAUAGCUCCGCCAGCACCUCUGUCGGCUACCAGCCACAGAAAUCCAAGACGGACAGAAGCCAACCAGCCAGUGGAAACUUCAUCACAGUGUAUACAGCUCUCUCUAAUCAUUCGAAACCGACAGAAACAAGGAAGACAGCCUAAACAUUUCAUCCAAAUAAUUUGAUGACUUAAUGACGGCUGCUAAUAAAAACAUAGAAUAUUUUA